AUGGAUCCAGCCGAGCGAAAGCGUCAGAACGAAGCUCUCAGACGCAAGUUGUUAAGCCGAGGUCUCAAGCCGGGCCUGCUUGAGAAGUACCAGAGCUGCACCAGCGCGCAGCAGAAGUUCGAAUUCUUGAAAGCUUUCGUAUUGGAUCCCGAUAUGGAGAAUGUGGAAGUCGAAGCUUGCUUCAAAGAGCUUGCCGAACGGAAGACAUCGGACGUCUACGUUGAACUUCCAUUGGAAGAAUUGAGAAGAACCUAUACCACGGAAGCUCAGAAAAAAUUCCUUGAGGGGACUAUCCUGCAGAAGCAGCAAGUAUGCCCGCACCCACAGGACCCUGGCAAUGCCGAGAUGCGCCUCUACCGUGUCUACCAGACUGGACUGGACAAAAGCUCGAAUGUUUCGCGGCUUUCAACCAAGCUCAGUGGCAAGGGGCGGGUCGAGAAGAAUGCCGCAGCCAGAAAUGCUCUGGCAGAGUCCUUGGCUGCGAAGUGUGCAGACAUGACGAAAAGCUUCAGUCAAAAGGAAUUGACGCACGACGAGAAGCAGCAGAAGGAGUUCGAUCGAGAUCUACAAUCGGUGCAUGCGCUGGCCAGCAAAGCACGUGCAACGGCGAAGAGUAUCAUUGAUGCAAAGAUGCUGAACCAGGAGGCUACCGUGCAAAGCUUGAAAUCGGUCUAUGGGAAGCUGAUGGAGUUGCAUGCAAGGAUCAACGAGAUGAUCUUUGAGGGCGAGAGCUUCUACAAUUAUGCGUAUGCCCUGAAUGUGGAGAAAGCGCGCUGUGAGGAGUUCGAGAAGGAAGUCACGUCAGCAGAAACCAUCGUGAAGGCCCAUGAGAAUCGUCUCGUCCUCAGCAGGGUGCACUCACAUGUACUGCUAUCGGGUCGCAUUCGUUCUUAUACUUAA